CAAAGGAAACUUCAAAGUGCCAAGAGUGCACACGAGAACCAGGGGUGUGCUCUUUGGUCCCUUUCAACUCAGUCCUCCACCAAACUGCCCCAGCAUCCGCAACGUUAUGAAUCUCCUGUGAUGUGAAGAGACUUAAGAUCCGCUGAACCAGCCAAUGAGAAAGAAACAAGAAAGAGUCAGUGUCGGGCACGUGCCCUGAAGUGAAUGAAAGGGACCCUGUCACCCGAUUAUCAACUUAAGCGAGAGACCGACGCCGUCCGAAUCCCAGAAUUGAUGAACGGCGGAUUAUCUAGCCGGUCUUGAACUUACUGUUUCUAUAUAUCCGAUGCACGAUGCAAUAUACCUCCUCCCCCUCUGGACGGAUUCUGGCAGCCGUCUUCGACGAGCUUGGCUCACUUUGCCCCGACAUUCUUCACGGCAGAGCCCGCCAGUAUGCCAGUAAACCCGGUGCUAGAGAAUGUCUUUGGGACUUUAGGCACAGUGUGCUGGUGCGUUCUGUUUGUACCCCAGGCCUGGAAAUCAUGGCGCGACAAGUCCACAUACGGCCUCUCACCUCUCAUGGUAUUGUUGUGGUCCUCCUGCGCUCUUCCCCUCGGAGUGUACAAUAUCGCAUCGAGCGCUAAUAUUCCCCUGAUUCUACAACCACAACUCUUUGGCACCGUCGGGGCCAUUUGCUGGGUCCAGUGCUUAUAUUAUGAGAAGCACAUCUCCUUCGAACGCAGCCUCCUGAUCUUGGUCGCGUUCCUUGCGGUCAUCGGUGGCCUCCAGGUGGCUUUUGUGUUUGCUGUCAGGCACGCACUGGCAGAGGGAAAUGAACGACCACUUCAAUUUUUUGGAGUUAUGACAGUAGUGACGAUAUAUGCUGGGGUUAUACCUCAAUUGUAUGAGAUCUGGAAGAUAAAAGAAGUAGCCGGUCUGAGCUUGGUUUUUAUGAUUGUCGACAUUCUCGGUGGCGUUUUCAGUACGCUCUCACUCGUCUUCAACAAGUCAAUUGAUCCUUUACUGGCAUUCUCUUACAUCAGCGUCAUUGUCCUCAACUCUUUUAUCAUUCUACUGUACAUCAUACUAAACCCUCUUGCCGCCAGACGCCGCCAACGCGAAGCCGUUAUGGCUGGGGUCAGUUCAACAAGCCCUGUAAUCGGGAACUCCUCAGAGAAGAAUGAGGGGGCAUACCCGCAGCCACAAAUACUGUCAGACGCAUCUCUCAAUGCAGAAGUUGAAACUGGAACACAUUUGACAGUUGUAGACAUCCUAGGCGAGCAAACACCAGAAGAGCCUGGAAAGGAAGAGAACGCAGAGGAAUACUGUGGACAGAAAGCAAACGAAGUCUGCAGCGCUGUAUAAGGACGCUCGCGUAGCAUUAGUUAGCCACAGGAUCAUAGUACGUCUAUAUCAACAAUAUUAUAAAC